AUUUUGACGACUUACGAUCGAUAGGGUCUUUAUGUUCACAGCUGAUGUGGAUUUUUACGUUUUUUUUUUUUUUUUUGCCUGUUCCCUUUGAGGGUCUCUCUGAUCUGGUUAAUAUGUUUGAAAUGAACAUCUGCCCAAUGAAACUAUGUUCUGUGGAUUUGGACCUGAUGAACUCAGAUGUUCUGUGAGGAACUUGAUCUGCUCUUUCUCAGAACCGUCUCCUCCUUUGGACUGUCUCCUCCAGCGGGACAUGGCCACAGACGGUCGUGGGAACCAGGGGUGGACCUCCCCAGGAAACUUCACCUCCUUGUGUCCCAACGGGACCAAAUGGGUUUGGGACGGGCUCGGGGAAUGUGCCCAGGACGGGCGGGACAUGGCCAGCAUAUACCUGGGCCUGCUGUCCAUCCUCUGCUUCAUGGUGUCCUCCCUGCCGCAGUACUGGAACUCGUGGAAGACUGGGAACAUGGACAGCGCUCUCUCCGUCUGGUUUCUGCUGCUCUGGUUAGGAGGAGACUCCUGCAACCUGGUGGGCUCCUUUCUGGCGGAUCAGCUUCCCCUUCAGACCUACACAGCAGUUUACUACGUUCUGGCUGACCUCCUGAUGAUCUCCAUGUACACCUACUACAAGCUGAAGAACCGAAGAGCAGAACGCAGGAGGGCUCUGAACGUGCUGGCCGCGUCCUGCACCCUGGGCCUCACCGCCAGCCUCACUCGUCUGCCGGGACUGAGCCCCGAGCUGGAGAUGAGCCCGUCGGAGUUCAGAAGUCGCUCACUGCUGUCGACGGCUGACGCUGGCUCCAUCACCGCUUUCACCACUAAGGAGAUCAUUGGUUUCUCCAUUGGGUCGGUGUCCUCCGUCCUCUACCUCUGCUCCAGACUCCCACAGAUGUACACUAAUUUCAAGAGGAAGUCCACGGAGGGCGUGUCCUACUUCCUCUUCGCUCUGGUCAUCCUGGGGAACACCACGUAUGGACUCAGCGUGCUGCUGAAGAACCCGGACCAGAGUGAGGGGGAGAGAAGUUACCUGGUGCACCACCUGCCCUGGCUCAUCGGCAGCCUGGGAACCCUCAGCCUGGACCUCAUGAUAUCUGUACAGUUCCUGAUUUAUCGCAAAGCUCCGGACCAGAACGUGAGCCUUCAUCAGGAAGAGUCGACGCCGCUGAUCAGGAGCUAAAGCUUCACGGACUCCAGCUCAAACUCUCCUCCACCCCCUAGAAUCAGAUUUUUAGAAUCAGAUUUCUGACGACAAAGAACCUCAGAGUUUGUGUUUUCAUGAUGCGUUGAUUCCUGAUCCAGUUUGUUUACAGCAGAUCCUAAAUCUGCCUGAAUAGAAUAGAAUAACCUCCAGCAGUUCGGUUUUUGUGGCCUAGACUUCCAGUUUUCCAGGGAAACUUUGAAGGAAACGGUUCCCUGGAAGCUCCUCUGGCUGUGAGGUUCUUCUGGACUCUUCUCUGACGGAGCUCCAGCGCCUCCAUGCUGUCAGACGCUCGGACCUUCAGAGCUUCUUCCUGACGGAUGUUUGCUCCAUGUGAGGGUGGUGCCGUCAUCCCAAAGUGUUUUCCAGGUUCUCUUCUCCACCUGGACUGGAGGUCACAUUUCUGCUCUGUUUGCACAAAAGCACUAAAGACUUUGUACAGAAAACUCAAACACGUCCAACUCUUCUCAGAUUAAAGGAGCUGACUCCGCCUCCCCGCCUCCUCCCGCCUCUUUCCGGUCUUUUUGGAAUUUUCUGCUGUUCUUGUGAUGAAGAGGUCCUCCUCAGUCCAGCAGUGCUCGAGGUCUGCUCCUGGCCCCCCUGUUGACACCCCCCUCCUGUAACAGUUUGACCUGCUCCUGGGGGGCCCUGACAGCCUGGUAGUUUUUCUUCAUUAGCACAACCUUUCUGGCCCUUCAUAGAACCCCCCCUCCCUCACAGAAAACACACUUUCCCCUCCUCAUUACACGGAGAAGGCGCCGUGGGGGGGUCACCAAGGGUCUGUGGUUGUGAAACAGUGGCAGAGGGAUGGAGGAGCAGGUCGAGGAGUUAGAGGGACGAUCCAUCACCGGGACGGACAAGAAGCUGUUUAUAAACACGGCAUGCUGGGAAUUUCCUAAUGAGACACUCGGCGGGGAGGGGGGGGCACACAGGCGCCAUGCGGCGGCGUGUUUUCGAUGUGUUCACAGAUUCAACAUGACAAAGUGGUCUUGCUUGUGUGUUUGGGGGGGGUUAGCUCCCAUAAAGGAUGUGAGGAACAAACCUGAAGGAAGGAGCACCACGCUCAGAACUUCAAAAUAAAAGCCAGCUGCUGUAAAACCCAUAGACAGGGUUUCUGUGAGGAGAUCUCUGCUCCUAAUGCAUGCUGGGAUUUCUCUCCUGCAGUUGCUCAAACUGCUGAGGAUCUUUGCUUUCUACUGGCGGUUUUUUUGAGUUUGGAGUCUUUCUGUCGCAGCAGACGAGGAAACGCGUUUGAGUGAAAGCUGAGAAGACUGGAGGAGCAAACAUCUCGUAACAGUGUGUUUGCAGAUUCGGGGGGGGGCAGAUAAGAUCAGGAGGUAAUCAGAGGCAGGAGGAGGUCCUCAGCAGAUUUAUGAAGUGUUGAACCUCUGAAGGGCUUAGGAUGAAUGAGCUGGUUGGAACCAGCCACCCACGUUUCCAUGACGACGUCAGCGCAGUGAUCCCCUCUGCUGAGCUGUCGGCACUUCCUCUCCUCGCCACUCAUCUCCUGUGUGGCGUGCCCUCACAGCGAGGUCUCCCUCCAACGCGGAAACGUCCAGAACAUCCAUGGUGAUGUGCAUGCGCUCAGUCCAUUCUCACUUCCUGUCCCUCUUCUGUUCGGCUGAGGUCAGAGACGGCUGAUGGUCGGUGUGUUUGGGUUUCCUCACAUUCCUCUGACACGACGACCACUUCACUGAGGAUUCAUCUGGAUCUGUUUCUGCUGGACCUCCUCUCAUCUCCAUGAAAGGAAACUCUCCAAACUAAGAUUCCCUGAUGGAGUCAUGGACUUCCUGAGAUUACAGAUUACUUACUAUCCAAUAGUAAUCCCUUUUCAGUGUCGAGUCUCUUUGUAUUCCUGCUGGAAAUGAACAUCUAAAGAACAAAAGUUCCUUAAAGGACCUGAAUAAUGUUUGUUAAAGGUGAGCAGCUUCAGUCAGAUCAAGAGAAAACUUCUGAAGUGUCUACAAAAAGUCAGAUUCAGGAGUGUCAAACUCAAUCACACAAGAGGCCAAAAUCCGAAGCACACUUUAGAUCACAGGCCGAACAGAAUUAACAUUUAUUGAACACUCUAAAACUACGUUUUUAAAACCGUAACUUUUUAACAUACAAAACCUGCCACCUUCUGAUCAGAGUCUGGCCGCUCUGCCUCUGCACCACCACCAUCAUCAUUGAAGUUUGAAAGGUUUUAUUUGUAUAUGGGACCAGAAAAUAACUAAAGUUCACCUCAAUAGUUUGCAAUGUGACCCUGGUUUCAGUGACAGAGGUCAAAGGUCUCCUGCAGGUUUGAUCCGUUCUUCAUGCAGAUCUCCUCCAGAGCUGUUUCUGUAAAACAGACUUUCAACUCCCUCCACUGAUUCUCUGUCAGACGGAGGUCCACAGACCGGUAGAGCACUCCAGAACCUUGAAAGGUCUUGUAUGUAGACACUUCUUGGUUGCCAUGGCGAUUCAUUUGGGAUCAUUGUCCUGCAGUGUUUUAUCUUCUGUGAUCUCACUGAUGGAAGUCCUCCUGUCCCAGCUCUCUUCAGGCCAUCGAUCCCCUGUGUAUUUCUGAGGCGGUUCCUCACCGUUCUCCACCAAGUGAGAUCUGUCAUGGAGCUCCAGGUAGAGGGAGAUGGUCAGUGAUCUUUUGUUAUAGAGUCCCAUCAGUUGUCACGCUCCCCUGGGGAGUGGUGAGCUGCAGACACAGCCGUGCUCGGGAGCCAUUUGGUGGUUUAACUUUCCAAUCCAACGACUUAAUGCUGAGUAUCAAGCAGGGAUGCAUUGGGGCAUUUUUAGAGUUUUUGGUUAGACUUGGCCUGGAUUUGAACUAGGUGGACACUCUCCCACAAGGCCACUGAGCUGGUUGUAACAAUUCUCUUCUCUCCAAGCUGCUGUUUAUUGUAGAUUUGUUCAUCCCAGGCCAGAAGUUUUAGGAAUGACAUGACUAUUAAUUUUUUAAGUCUGCAGUUUCAUGGAGAUGUAUAUGUACUCCAGAAUGUUAUGAGGAGUGAUCCACUCAACUGCAAUCAUUUGCAUAAUUCCUAUUUGCCUUGAAAAUGAACUUUAUCACUGAAACUACAUUUCCCCUGCAUUUCAGCCCGGCCACAAAAGGACCAGCUAACAUAACUCUCAAUAAAAGCUUUUGAUACUU